AUGUUGUACUCUGGGCUCAUUCUUGUCGUUGCUCUUGUCUUUGCCGUUGGAAUCAGAGAUGCGUACCGCAAGCGUAUCUCUCAGCUUCUACCUGGCCCCCCUGGGCUUCCCAUUCUGGGUAACCUCUUGCAGCUGCCCUCUCAGUUUCUAUACCGGAAACUCACCAGCUGGUCCGAACAAUAUGGCCCCUUCUAUACGUUUUGGAUGAUGAACCAGCCGUUCGUCGUUGUUGGCAACACCGAAAUUGCAGCGGAUUUACUUGAUCGAAUGUCUGCUAUGACCAGUAACAGGCCGCGAAUGAUCAAGGCACGAGAGUUUUAUAUGAGGGAUAUGGCGGUUGUCCUACAAGAUCGCUCCCAUGUAUGGCGCGCUCAGCGCCGUGCGAUGCAUGCAAAUAUCAACGUCAAGACGGCUUCGCGGUUCAAUUCUAUGCAAUCACACGAUGCAGCCUAUCUAGCCCUCGGACUGUUACAGCAUCUCGAGACCCCGCUUUACGAGGACACUCAUAGAUUCGCCUCAUCCAUCAUAUUUUGCUCUCUUUAUGGCGGCAACGCAAUACCCCUGGAUGGUCCUGAUCCCAGCAAGGAAGCGGAAGAGUUAACGGACCAAGGAUUGCACGUCACAAUACCCCAGCACAGCGUUGUCGAUACUAUGCCAUUUCUCGAGCCUCUCAUAAAAAGAAAUUGGGACGCCACCACGAUUGUUCAGGAUCUUCAACAAAACAACGAGAAAUAUGAGCUCGAGCGAUCCCAGGCAAUGUGGAUGACUAUGAUCAUGUUCAUGGCUGGGCAAGAAACAACCAACACGGCUCUCCGCGCAUUCACUCUUGCUAUGAGAAUCCGUGAUGACAACUACACUUAUGGCAGGAAGAGACGUGUUUCGCCAUGGGUUAAGAUAGCCAUGUCGGCUGUGACAAGUGACAGGCCGCGGAUGAUUAAGGCACGGGAGUUCUAUACGAAGGACAUGUCACUUGUGCUACAAGAUCGCUCGCCCAAGUGGCGGGCGCAACGCCGGGCCAUACAUGCGAACAUAAACAUCAGAGCCACUUCCCGAUUCAACCCUAUGCAAACGCAUGAUGCAGCAUACCUCACACUUGGAUUGUUACAGCAUCCUGAGAAGCCAUUUCACGAGCAUGCCCACAGGUUUGCUGCGUCUAUCAUCUUUGGCUCUCUAUAUGGAGGCAGGGAAAUUCCAAUUGAUGGUCCAGAUCCCAGCCAGACAGUCGAAGAGCUGACGGAUCGAGGCUUGCACUUUUCAAUGCCACAACAUAGCCUUGUCGAUGCUUUGCCAUUCUUGAAACCUCUUAUCAUGCGAGUGAAAUGGUUCAGACGCCCGGCUGACAUAUGGUUUGCUGAUUCUGUGAGAGAAGCCACCCUUUUGUACGACAGCGCAAAGGCCACCGAUAAUUGGGACGCUACAACAAUUGUUCACGAUCUCCGACUGAACAACGAGAAAUAUGAGCUCGAAAAAGCUCAGGGGAUAUGGAUGACUAUGGUUCUAUUCAUGGCCGGGCAAGAAACAACCAACACCGUCCUUCGCGUAUUCACUCUUGCUAUGCUUCACCAUCCGGAUGUCGUUCAAGCGGCCCAGCGGCAGCUUGACGCCGUAUGCGGGGGUCGUGUGCCAGGCUUCGAGGACCGGGACAAUCUCCCUUAUAUACAAGCAAUCGUAAAGGAAGCCCUCCGGUGGAGACCUGCUGUGCCCCUGAGCGUCCCACACAGGGCAACAGAGGAUUUUGAAUAUCGAGGGUAUAUUGUCCCGAAAGGGACGAUUAUAUUGGACAAUCUCUGGGGCCAAACUCAGGAUCCUAUGGUCUAUGCUGAGCCAGAGACAUUCAAGCCAGCUCGGUUUCUCGAUAGCUCCGGCAAUCUACGUCCGGUAACUCCAGAUACACGUCUCGACCAGCUCGGUUUCGGACACGGGCGACGCGCUUGCGCAGGGCGGAACUUCGCUUUCAACAGCCUCUUCAUUGCUUGCGCAUAUAUGCUGUGGGCGUUUGAUUUCAAAUGGCCACUUGACAAGAAUGGGAACGAAAUCAUUUGUGGUGUACACGACCUGGAGGACAAGGGGAUCGUCAUUACACCCAAGCCUUUCGGCGUCGUCCUCAAGCCCAGGAAGGACGGACUCGAGAACCGCCUUCUGGCUGCACUAGGCCAAUAAUGACGAUCUCGUAUCGGUGUGAGAACCUCCAUUACGUAUAUCUGUCUAUAUCAGUCGAAAAAAGGGAAGCGAAUCAUGAGAAAUAUGUCAGACUUCCAGCGGCGCGCAAGAUCGGCCAAAUUUUUGCACCAUGCGUCCGUAAACCCGCGAUGUCAGCGUCAGCCAGCCCUUUGCACCGCUAUGCUUUUCAUCCUUGGUCGUCAUCGUUCCGGAGUCAGCUUUUAGGACGAAGAGCAGCAGAACCGGAAGCUCCGUCCGAUCCAUGCCGGAAGAGUCUUGGGAUUACUCGGUGACAGAGCGACGAACCAAUUAUUUCCAUUGAAAAAUGGUUGUUCGAUGGUGAUGUACAUCGUUGCCCAUCUAUCUGAAUAUUGACUGUUCAGGACUAACAUGGGCCGCGGAAAUGAGACAUUCUUGCUGGCAAUCGAGGUCGCGCAGGGUUCACCCGGAAGGCUGCCCGGAUUCCUGGAUAGGCUGUCAAACCCCAGAACAACGGGGCUUCUUCUGCGGAAUGUCUCUAACCUUAUGCGGUGAUCAUAGGUGAACUCUCUGCGGGGCGUACACUCCACCGCGCAAUCUGCCACGUGCGUUUGUCUUGAAGACUUAAAAGGCGCUAUAUUGGCGUCUAUCACACACAACUUGGUGUCAUGUCUUACUGGUACAUUCUGUUACCCGGUUUUGUCUUGGUCGUAGCAAUUCUUCGGGAUCUGUACAUCAAAUGCUCAUCCCCUCUUCCACCUGGCCCACCCGGCUUGCCUUUGCUUGGUAACGCUCUGCAGCUGCCGC